AUGGAGGACUAUGAUACGCCAGACGAUUUUGCAGAAGAGAUCGACACUGCAGCAAGGAAAAGGAAAGCACUGGAGGCAGACAAAACAAAAAAACCAAAAUGGAAGUCUGGUGAGAUAGACACAGUCAUAGAUGAGCUGGAAAAGCGAAGCUGUUUGUGGGAUGUCUUUGAUAAGGACUGCCACAAUCGCGAAAAGAGAGAAGUCGCUUACACAGAACUGGAAGACAUACUUAAGCAUACUAAAAAAGAUAUUAAGACGAAAAUAGCGGGCCUGAGGACGCAACUUGGUCGCGAAAUUGCCAAAACAAACUCCUGGAAGUCAGGACAAGCAACCAGUGAAAAAAGUCCACGUGGGUGUUCUACGAUAAACUACAAUUUCUUCAUCCAGUAA